AUGACGAUAAAAAGUUCAGAGCCAUGGUAUUACAGCUCCUUGCCUCGUACUGCAGAUAGAGAUCCAGAAUUUAAUAAACUAAUGAACGUUAUUUGGGAAGGAUAUAUAAAAAGUGAUCCCGAUGGAAAAAUGGAUCCUGUAUUUGAUUUAGAUCUUAAGGCGUAUGAUGAACACAACGUGUUUAUCAUAAAUCUCUUUGAUAUUCUAAAAAGGCUUCCACCAGCUCAGCAAAAACGCAUUUGCGCGGAUAUAAUUACUUUAGCAACUAAAAUUGCUGGACCACAGGGCGCAUUGACUCGGUUGACAAGAGGUGCAAUUAAAUUUAGUGACCGAGCUGGUUAUCUUGCUCAUGUGACCAUUGUCUCUGUUCUAUUAUCAUGGGAAGCUCUUCAAAGUAUCUCUCUCUGGUGGAAGGGUGAAAUAUCUGGCCAAAGAUGUGCGAAAAACAUUAUUGAUGCUGCGUCGACUGUUGCCGGUGGUGUUGGUGGUGGAGCACUUGGCUCAACUAUCGGUACAGUUAUAUCUCCUGGUGUAGGUACGUUUAUCGGUGGACUCAUUGGCGGCAUGAUUGGCUCUAAUGCUGUUGCUACAUUAUCGAAAUGGCUUACCGAGCAUCUCUUUGAUUUGCCACCGACUGUCGCAUUGGAGAACGCAUACAACUUUCUAGGUCUUACAGCAUCUUGCACAAACAGUGACAUUAAUACGGCGUACAGAAAAUUGGUUCUCUUAUAUCAUCCCGAUAAAGGUGGCCCCCCAGAAUAUUUUUACAAAUUGCAAUAUUAUGUUGCUAUAAUCAAGCAAGCACGCGGAGAAGGGCUCUAG